AUAGAGAGUGGCUCCAAAUGUUGACAAGUAUACCCAAAAAAUUGGAGAAGAAAAUUUAUGGACUCACAACACUCAAAAAAAAAUAAAAAUAAUAAUAAUAAUAAAGGUACCAAAAUCUAUACAUAAUUUGAGUGGUUUUUGGAUAAGGUGGGAAGGAUGCAAAGGGAGGAAGAAAGGAAGGGCCAACAGCAUUGGCAAUAACCCAAAAAUGAACACAAUUCAUCACUCAUCACAAGCCAAUCCUAUCCACCACUUAAUCCCUCAACCCUUGAAGCAUCAUAGAGCAGCCUCCUCUACAGGAAGAAUUUAUUUCUCUUUGAUAAGCAAAAGAAGCCAAAAAACACCUAAAAAGUUGGUGAAGGUAUCCACAGCAGAAGGGAAAUGGCAUGGAAGUUGGGAAGUGGAUUACAACUUGUCACUCAGGGAUCUUCACCUUCAAGAUUUAGCUGAAGAUGGCCAUCAGCAUCACAACAGUGAGGUUUCUGUAACCCUUUCCAUUGACAAGCAUGCGGGCUUUGGACUUUCAGUCGAAGGAAGGGUCACUACAUCAUUUUCUAGGAAAUGCAGCAAUUGCUCUUCACCCUACUGCCGUGAGAUUAAUACAAACUUCACCGUUUGGAUUCUGCCAUCAAACAAGAAAAAAGGCUUAGCUGAUGAUGAGGAAGAACUUCCAAUACUAGGAGGUGAUGAUGAUCCAUCGGUAAAACUACAAGACGACUCUUACUAGGCAUCCGACAAUUUAAUAUUUUAAUGGCGGUGAAAAGUGUAGUAACUUCAAUGUUAAUGUGGAUGAAUAUGCAGGUGAUUUAUGUGAAACCCGGAGAUGAAGCUGAUCUUGAUUCACUUAUACAAGACUCUAUUCGGCUUGCUACAUCAGUCAAAGUAAAAAAAAAAAAAAAAGAACAUUUAAUUAGUAGUAGCAAAGAAACUUCUUCCUCUAACAAUGCAAUGUUUUCUUCUUCGACUACUAAGCUAUAUGGAUUUGUUCUUUUUCAGGAGACUUGUUCAGAGGCAUGUGAAAGCAACGAACCUAGAUUGCAGUGUAAUGAUCCUACUCGUCUUCUAUUCAUUAGUACAGGAGUACUCCCUCUGUCCCAAUAUGAUUGUCAUGUUUGUUGCACAAACUUUUUGGAACAGAGGAGUAUUUCCUGAGCUAUAUCACCAGCAUGCAAGAAAAACAUAGUAUUAGAUUAUUAUACUGACAACUGAUGAAGAAAUGCAAAUGUUGAUUGCAGAUUUGGGGGCACAAAAUAUUGCUUCGGUCGAUAAGAGGUGGUCCAGAUUGUUGGAGCUGAAGAAUGGCUAUCUUCAGUGAGGUUUAAGGAUUGGGUUAAGUCAAAGAAUUUUCUGGAUAUUAGCAUAUUCCUGUACAUCUUUGUAUUGUAAAUUGUUAUCUUUCCAACCAGAUGUUUGAUGCUUCUGUUUAUACUUGCGAAUUCAUCACAAAAUAAAGCUACAACAGACAAGACAAGAUUUCUCUUUUUCUUCUGCAGUUCAUCAGUUCAUAGAAAUUUUCAUCACUUCAUCAGCACGGGAUUCAUGUUGUGUUACUAUAAUGAGUAGUUAUAAGCAUCCUGCAACAAUGCACCGUUCUUUGCUAUGAAGUAAUUUGUAGUAAUUGGUAGCGCUCUCUAUCAUUAAUUAUCAAUGCACAGUUUUGAAAAAGCAAAGCAAAAAUAUAA